UUUUUUUUUUUUCUAUAUCUACAAUAUAGUACUUUGGCAGUAUAGUCACCACAAAUAUAUUUCAACAAGUCUAGUAAACAGACAACCACAACAUAUUUACUCCGACAUACCAGAUCCCAGAUAAAUCUGAUAUCCAUUAUAUAUAUAACAGCAAGUCGCACAAAUCUAAAUAUCUCUUCUGUAUCACAGCAGAAUGAACGAGUAUAUUUCCUGUACCACCAAAUCCAAUCUCGAAAUACCUCAUAAAUCGCACUCCAUCUACGAUCUACAGCAACACAAACACAAACACCACCACAACAUACCCAGACAAAGUCUCGACUCGACCAAUAAUUCCCAUACCCAAAUGCAAAACCAAAAUUUUCACAACCCACAUUCCAACAGGCACACCUCCUACUGGUACCAUCAACUGGCAGACCACGCACGUACAAUACGACCCAACCCAGCCACCCAGCCCAAGCUGAUUUCUGUCGUAAGUACAAGGUAGUAGAUGAGACGAUGAUCAUCUAGGCCUGAGCGUUAUGUACAUCCACAUUGGACUGCUAACUAACUGUUUAUGUUUACAUACUGCCCAUAGCUCCAAUACCUUACUACCUAGGUAACUAACCUAGCCUGACCUACUAAGCUCAGACCAGGUGGAUAUUUCAUCCGAGUCGUACAAGCGCAUGAUGAAGAAGGAAAGUAGAGGGGAGGGUAAGGGUAAUAAAUCAGAUCCAAUUAAUGACAUCAGAGGAGGUCAGUUCCUACAUAUGUGCAUACGUGCAUAUGUGUAUUGUACAUGCAUGCGCAAGGACGAAUGUGCAUGUCAAGGAGCAGUAGCAGCAUUAGUACCAGUAGUAGUAGUGGUGGUGGGAGUGAGAGUGAGAGUGGGAGUGGGAGUAUGGUAAUAUUCA